UCUCAUAUGUUCAUGUUUCAGGCAAUGAAAAACCCAGCAGCACAAGCCUGAUUAGUGAAUGUGAGGUUGCCUACAAAUAUGCAAGAAACCACCUCACCAUUCUGUGAAUUAACACAACUAUCUGUAUUCCAUAUCAUUUAAUGCAGCAGUGACUAUUGACAAAAUUAUUUUUGACUUAAAGCCUGUAGCCCCACUUUGGGCACAGGCUGCCAACAAAGGCUCUCCAGGCAUCCCGGUCCUGGGCCAAUUUCUCCAGCUGUCCCCAUAUAUGGCCAGUUCUCUUCACGUCUGCCUCCAGGUCACGGCACCAGGUGUUUUGUGGUCUGCCUCUUUUAAUUACAUUAGCCUAGUAGCUUCCAAAUGAAUCUGACUUUCACUACUCAGUGUCAUACGUCCUCCAGCUGAAAGUCCGUAGUUUCUCUUGAGUCUCUUGUUCGUAUUUCUGUAGCAAGAGGUUCUUUUUUUACAGGGAGAGGUUGCUGGCCCCUCGUCCAGCCCUCCUCCCUUUUCAGACGGGCUUGGGAUCGUCCUUGGCAGAGUUGUUGACACACACACACAAGCCAUUAUUGAAUGAAUACUUCAAGUCAUGAUAAUUGCAGUGUUUUGUGUUGUUUGUAAUUGCACUGGUAAUCUCUAGAAAGGUAUUUGCUCUCUCAGAUUUCAGUGUGUAGUCACAAAGUUUUACUGAAAGUCACAUUGAGGACUAUUGACAUGCCAGUAAGUAGAUUAUCACAGUUUAUCACCAGAUACUUUGCUCUCCAUGCAAGGAAAGUCAGUCAGGGAACAGUUUGUAUGCUGAAAUUUCCUCACAGUACCAUCCCAGUAUAACCUGGGAAGUGUGUCAGUAGGCCUGACCUUGUUCCCCCAGUCUGACCUCACCACCAGAGCAACAGAAAUACUAUAUGCCUUUAAGAAUAUUUCAGUAAUCAUGAUUUUUCAGCAAAACCACUCUGCAGAUUUUUUUGUGAAUGAUAUAGCAUCUUUCAAAUUAUUCCGAUGGCACCAGUCAACACACAUUUUUUCAAGGGAAUUUGCAUUAAACCUCCCUGUCCCCUCCUCUGAAGCUGGAGGAAACUUAAGUGGACCCAAGUCCAAAUAGGAGGAGCAUUCAUAAUUAUUUCGUUCACAAAAAGUAGCUUCCAAAGUCUCCUCCCAAAACUGCACUCACUGGUGCUGCAGGAGUAAAGUGAGGGGGCAGUGCAGUGAGAUCGGGACAAAGUUGGAAGCCGCACCUGGUUCGCUGGUUGUAUCCAUCUGAGUCUGUAGUGCAACGCCGUAGGCUCAGUAACCGGAGAGCCGAGCCUGACUGACAGCCUGACGAGCCUUGUCGAGUCUGAGCGCAACGCGACGUGGGCUCCCCAAAGAGAAAAUGUCCGAGAAUGGAGUGGCAUCCCGGGCCAAGGUGUUGACCAUUGACACCAUGAACCCCACGGUGAAGAAGGUGGAGUAUGCCGUACGGGGGCCCAUCGUGCAGCGGGCUGUGGAGCUAGAGAGGGAGCUCUCAGAGGGAAUGAAGAAGCCCUUUGCUGAGGUCAUAAAGGCCAAUAUUGGGGACGCCCAUGCUAUGGGCCAGCAGCCAAUCACUUUCUUCAGACAGGUCUUGGCGCUCUGCUCCUACCCUGAGCUGCUGAAUGACAGCACAUUCCCAGAGGAUGCUAAAAGUAGAGCACGUCGCAUUCUGCAGUCCUGUGGAGGGAACAGUAUGGGUGCCUACAGUGCCAGUCAGGGCAUAGACUCUGUGCGUCAGGAUGUGGCCCGCUACGUUGAGCGAAGGGAUGGUGGUGUGCCCUGUGACCCAGACAACAUUUACCUCACAACAGGGGCCAGCGAUGGCAUUGUGACCAUGCUGAAGCUGCUGGUGUGUGGCGAGGGUGCCACCCGUUCCGGCGUCAUGAUCUCCAUACCUCAGUAUCCCCUGUACUCGGCUGCGCUGGCUGAACUGGGUGCUGUGCAGAUCAACUAUUACCUUAAUGAGGAAAAGUGCUGGAGUCUGGACAUCAGCGAGCUGCAGCGUGCUCUGGAUGAGGCCCGACGCCACUGCAACCCCCGAGCCCUGUGCAUCAUCAACCCUGGAAACCCCACCGGUCAGGUUCAGAGCAGACAGUGCAUCGAGGAUGUAAUCCGAUUUGCAGCAAAGGAACGUCUCUUCCUCAUGGCUGAUGAGGUGUACCAGGAUAAUGUGUAUGCUGAAGGUUGCCAGUUCCACUCUUUUAAGAAGGUGCUGUUUGAGAUGGGGCCAGAGUACUCGAAUACAGUGGAACUGGCAUCCUUCCACUCCACCUCAAAGUGUUACAUGGGAGAGUGCGGCUUCCGUGGAGGCUACAUGGAGAUUAUCAACAUGGAUGAUGAUGUGAAGGCCCAGCUGACCAAGCUGGUGUCAGUCCGCCUGUGUCCGCCUGUUCCUGGACAGGCUCUGAUGGAUCUGGUGGUCAACCCUCCGCAGCCUGGCGAGCCCUCGUACAACAACUUCAUCAAGGAGCGCACAGCCACUCUAAGUGCCUUAGCAGAGAAGGCCACACUUACAGAGCAGGUUCUAAAUACGGUUCCUGGCAUCAGCUGCAAUCCUGUGCAGGGCGCCAUGUACUCCUUCCCUCGCAUAACCAUCCCUGAAAAGGCCAUCAAAGAGGCCACGGAAAAAGGUCAGCAACCAGAUAUGUUUUACUGCAUGAAGAUGCUGGAGGAGACUGGGAUCUGCCUCGUACCUGGAAGCGGCUUUGGCCAGAGGGAUGGAAGCUACCACUUCAGAAUGACCAUCUUGCCACCGACAGACAAGCUGAAGAUCCUGCUGAACAAAGUGAAGGAGUUCCAUCAGAAAUUCACCCAGCAAUAUUCCUAAAUUUCCACAUCUGUUAUCCCACCAACCACCAAAAAAAAAAGAACUCUAAAUCAGAAUUUAUCUGUACCUAAUAAGUGCCUUCACUACUCGGCUCUGGUCGGCUCUGGUGGUCUCUGUGAUGACACACUUUAGCCUUUUCUCAACUUUCUCAUUUGGGCAUUUACGGACUGUAUAUAAGUCACUGGUGUUGGAAAACAAAACAAAACUGGAGAUGAAGAAAUGAAUUUAGAGAUGUGUCAGUUUGCUAUGACAAAGACUUCAUCUUCUUGUUUCAGCUUUGAAGGAUGUAUGUUCUCUAUACUGUAGCUGUGUAUUUUUAAGAAUGAGAGGUAGCUCAUCUGUGUGUAUGCCAAACUAAAAAAAAAAAUAGGCUUCAACUGGAGAAAAGGUAAUGCUGCUUGAAAUGGUGAUAAAAUAGUUGAAAUAUUCCAUUCCUACCUACUUGACAGGGAAAAUAUGCCGAAGUCCCAUUUGUAUGAUUCAGAAAUGGUUUUGUAAAACCAAAAUAAAUGUGAUUCUAAAGA